AUGCUGAUGGAUACGGCCACUAACAUCACCAUCGACGGCGAUUACCUGCAAAUCACCGGCGACGGCGGCGACAGUUAUCGCGGGAAGGCCGUCAUCAUGGCCGCCGGUUCGUCGCUGCGCACGUUGGGCAUCCCCGGCGAGGAAGAGUUCAACCGGCGAGGAGUUUCCCACUGCGCAACCUGCGACGGCCCGAUGUACAUGGGUCAAACCGUUGCCGUCGUGGGCGGCGGCGACUCUGCUGCCGACGAGGCCCUGACCCUAACCGAGUACGCCGAUCGGGUCAUCCUGUUCCACCGCAGCGACGAACUGGACGCCCAAAGCGUGUUGCGGGAACGCAUCGCCGCGUCCCCAAGAUUGAGGUGCGCUACAACGCCGAGGUCGUUGAGAUCCUGGGCGAAGAUGCCGUAA